ACUCUCUCUCUCUCUCUGAUCCCUCUCUUUCUCCUCCUCUCUCCUUCUCUCCCUCAGGGUGACAGAGGCCAGAGGGGAGCUGUAGGGCCACAUGGUUUUGUCGGCAAGGCAGGCAACAAGGGUAUGAGAGGACCCAUGGGUGUUCCAGGGGCUCAAGGCAUCUCAGGAACUAAGGGAGACAAGGGAUUCCAAGGAAAAGUUGGGGCGAAGGGAGACUUUGGGGAUCCUGGUGUAGAAGGCUUGGCUGGGGAGAAAGGAGAGACGGGUUUGGGUGGUGAGCCUGGACCCAAAGGACAGCAAGGAGUGAGGGGAGAGCUAGGGUUCAACGGCCCCACAGGAGACUCAGGUAAACCAGGAGACCAGGGACCAGGAGGACUGCCCGGGCCUCGUGGCCUCAACGGAGAGAGAGGACUGUCAGGCAUGCCAGGAAUCGUGGGGGCAGCGGGACGGGAUGCAUCUGACCAGCACAUCAUUGAGGUGGUUCUGAAGAUGCUGCAAGAGCGUCUAGCGGCUGUAGCGGUGAGCGCUAAGCGUGCCGUACUGGGUGGAGCCGGUGUCAUGGGUCCCCCUGGUCCUCCUGGACCCCCAGGAGCUCCUGGUGGUCAGGGCCCACACGGCCUCACCGGCGCCCGUGGCAUCCCUGGAAUGUUUGGAGCCUCCGGCCAGAUUGGCAACACCGGACUGAAAGGAAAGAGAGGAGCAAAGGGAGACCGAGGAAAUUCUGGCAAACCACAUCCUGGCCAGCCAGGACCCCCUGGAAUACCAGGUCCUCCUGGUAUUGACGGCGUGGCUCGAAACGGUAAGCCUGGCGAGCGAGGCCCCCAGGGCUCGGCAGGAGAGGCUGGUCAUCCCGGUAAGGCGGGCCCCACUGGUCUUCCAGGGUUCUGUGAGGCUGCAGCCUGCCUAGCUGCCUCUGCCUACACCUCCCCCAGACUACAGGACUCCGCCAGGGUCAAGGGCCCCGGAGUCUAACAUGAGACCUCUCCAUCAAGAGCCCCACAACACCAGGAGGGAGAGAGAGAGAGAGACAGACAGAAGAGAGAGAGGAGGGAUAGAGGAGAGAGAAAGAGAGAGACCACUCUCCUUCAUUGGAUACCAUUGAUAGCGAGAAGUGGGGGCAAUACGAUCGUGAAUGAUGUUGUUCCCUGACCCRUAAACUGACGACCUUCAGUUCUACUGUUUAGAGACUCUGUUUGCAACACAUACCACAACCACCAAUUUUAAAUCACCAUGAUGACAGCCACUCACAGCCAAUAACACCCCUCUGAAUUUAUAAUCUCUGGUCAGGGAUUGGCGGAUGUAAAUGUCAGUCACGUCCAACUGCCCCACCCCCACCACAGAGGGAGAGAGAAUGAGAGAGAGACGUAGUGACAUCUGAAUAUCAUAUCCAGUGACAUUAUUGAUGAUGUCAUCAUCAGCCGUAACCCCUGGACUGGGAGGAGCAGAGAUAUACUUUGAGUCCAGUGAUUGGUGUUUUUGUUUUGUACCGUGGUCACUUUAAAUUGGAUUGAUUUAUAUCUGAAAUAUUAAUAUUUAAAUAUAUGUUUUGAAGCAAAUAAUGCAAGRAUAUGCCCACCUCCACUCCCCACCAAACAAGAGGUGCCUUACAAGUGUACACAAAGGUACCAAUAAAAUAUUAAAAUCAAAAUCCACACUCCAUACCGUACCUUUGGAAGGUGUAUUGCUAAACCUGUCACCUGUAUGCUUGAGUGAAAUAGUGAAACCCGAUUUUUUGCCUCAUAUGUACAGUGCCACCCCCGUCUACUUUCGCCUCAUUUAGAAACAAAUUAUUUCUUUAGAUUUGAUCUCUUCCUGUAGUUGCCUGGCAACAGCAUAUCCCGAUGGGCACUCCCAUCUAUCUCCCAUAAUUUAGUGCUGUAAAUCUUUGUAAAUGUGUGUUGAUUUUAUGUAGAGAAAAAAAAGAGGAUGGGUUAGAAUAUGAACCAACCAAAACAACCCGUGUUAAUGAACUUAAUCAGCAAUAAAGUUUCAAAGUUCAAAUGACUGCUUUUCCAAACAGAUCAGUUACACAAAUCAAUAUUUAUAUGCCACUGUCAACUAACUUCCAUGGAGUCAAUCAAUGUCAACAUUCUAACAACACACAGGACUGAUUCUUUUCAUUAACAGAAGUGAUUCUAUUUGUUGUUCUUUAUAUGAUUCAUCUGUAAAGACGUAGGUUAGAUUUUUUCCCCUGGUUGUUCAGGUCAACCAAUUCCAAACCAAUAAAGAAGAACGUUUUGUAAAAACCUGAA